AUGAAGUUCACCUCCACCAUCGCCUCCCUCAUCCUCGCCUUCGCGGCUGGUAACACCUCUGCUGCCCCCUUCCCCGGCGGCAACAUUGAGCUCCUCGACGUCUCCAAGCCCCAGGGCGGCAAUGUCGAAGUCAUGGAUCUUUCCAAGCCCAAGGGCGGCAAUGUCGAAGUCAUGGAUCUCUCCAAGCCUCAGGGUGGUAACAUCGAGCUCCUUGACGUCGCUCAGCCCAAGGGCGGUAACGUUGAGGUCAUGGACGUCUCUAACCCCCAAGGCGGCAACAUCGAGGUCCUCGGCGCCUUCGACGGUGGCUUCGCCAAGGUCUGCCGCGACAUCAUGCUCACCAACCGCAUCGUCAACGGCAAGCCUGUCUACUCGGUUCGCGCCAUCUGCCCCGACUGGAUGGACCAGAACUUCAAGACCGAGCUGCAGCUCAACCGCUGCCUCAUGAAUGACUUUGGCCACCUCAAGUGGGCCAACCUUGGCCACUUCGAUGACUCUUGCUACGACUGCAAGCUCCUCUCCGCCACUGACGAUGUCAAGAUGGCCUGCACCUGCGCUGUCGGCGCCAAGGGCACCAUUGGCACCACCAUUGCUCUCAACGAGGGCAUCCGCAACCAGGGCGGCGCCAUGUGGUGCGGCACCCAGAUUGGCGCUCGCGUCCCUGCCUAA